GGUCACGUGACUUCGUGCCGUCAGCUGUCCGUCGCAAAGAUGGUGAUCUUCAGUGUGUACGUGGUGAACAAGGCCGGAGGUCUGAUCUACCAGUAUGACAACUACGUGCCGCGGGCCGAGGCCGAGAAGACGUUCAGCUUCCCGCUGGACCUGGUGCUCAAGCACCACGACGAGAAGGUCAUCGUGUCGUUCGGCCAACGCGACGGCAUCCGAGUGGGACACGCAGUGUUGUCCAUCAACGGAGUGGACGUGAUGGGGAAGAACACCGGCGAAGGGAAGGACAUCCUGGAAUACCUGAGAGAUGCCAACAACUACCCGGUGUCCAUCCGCUUCGGACGGGCUCGCCUGAGCUCCAACGAGAAGCUGAUGCUCGCCUCCAUGUUUCACUCGUUGUUUGCAAUCGGAUCACAACUGUCUCCCGACGUCGGCAGCUCGGGGAUCGAGAUGCUGGAAACGGACGUCUUCAAACUCCACUGCUUCCAGACUCUCACAGGGAUAAAGUUCAUCGUGCUCGCAGACCCUCGACAGUCCGGCAUCGACACGCUGUUGAGGAAGAUUUAUGAAAUCUAUUCAGAUUUUGCCCUGAAGAAUCCCUUCUACUCUCUGGAGAUGCCCAUCAGGUGUGAACUCUUUGAUCAGAAUCUGAAAGGUGCGCUGGAGGUCGCAGAGAAAGCAGGAAACUUCGGAGCCGGAUCCUGAAGCCAAGAGGAAUGAAAGGACUGAUCGGUCAUUUCUGAUCACAUCACGAGAGAUGAGGUGAUUUUAAAUGACCGAGGGAAAUUAAAGCGGUUUUCAGACACAGUUUUCCAAAUAUCUUGGUAAGUUUGCCGUUCACAUAUGAAGAACGCAGCAGGAGAAUGUCCGAGUUAGAUGAGUUCGAUUUACAGCAGGAACAUUUCGGGAACAGUCAGAGGAAGGAAUGCUGUAUUCUCACUCUUAGACAUUUUCCGUAUAUUGUACCAGGGCGGCUGGCAGGAACGUUUCCGGAAAAAUGUCCACAGCAACAAUUGCGUUCUCACAUGCAGCCGCUGCGGAGAAGUUUGUGUAACUGUCCGGACUUCAUCAGUUCAUGUCUGAAAGCAGCUCAUGUGGAUUCUCUCUGCUCCUUUUGAGCUGUGAAUGGAACGUGACUCAUUGUAAAUACAUGUUUUGUAAAUAAUCCAAAAAGAUAAAACUUGUGUUGAUAAUUUAA